UCCGCCGUCGAUCAGAAAAACUACCGAAACUCUCUUUGCUUUCUGUCGGCCCUACUUCCACCUUCCCCCACCACCAGAACCAGGUCCACCACCACCACUUCCACCUCCCUCUGCUGUCUUUACUGAUCUCUUUAAUUUUAUAAUUGAUAAAAUAACAAAUAAUGAUAUCUCUAAUCUAAUUUUACACGUAGUAUGUUAUUUAUUUAUUAUUAAAAUAAAGGGGACUGAAUACAAAGAAAUAGGGGACCUCUAUAGGUUUUGCUUUGGAGGCUAAAACUCUGAUUUGCAGAGAACUUCGAAAAGACGACUAGUAGCGUGAAGAACAGAACAGAACAGAACAGAACAGAAACAGCAAAGCAAAUACACAGAGAGAGAUGGAUUGUUAAUUUUUUUGUUUUUCUAAAAAUACCAAUCAAGUCCUUUCUCUUAUCCAAUCCGUUCACCAGCUUUCACUGACUGCGUUUUGGGAAGUCUUCCUGGGUUGGAUUCUUGCAAAUAAAGCAUUUUUGUUACUUGGAGAUAAUUUGGUUCUUUUUGUAGUUGGCUUAAGCUACAGAGACAUGUUGGAGGGUCGGUCCUGUCUGAUUUCGAGGGUGUUCACAAGCUCUUGCCAGCCGGAAUCCCAGUGGGCUUUCAUGCCUUAUAUUGGAAGUGGCAAGCGCCCAUUGGAUCUUGAUGCAGACGAGGAUGAUAGUCACAGUGGACAGCUCAAGUUUCAGAGGCUACCGGGUUCUCGCGAAAGAGUUAUUGGGCAAUCUGGUGGCAGAGCCACGGACUCCAUCGAUUCAGAUUCCCUUAUUCACACCAUCGGCCGGGACAUGUCUAUAAACUGUCUAAUUCAUUGUUCGCGUUCUGAUUAUGGCUCCAUUGCCUCACUUAAUAAGAGUUUUCAGUCUUUAGUAAGGAGUGGUGAGAUAUAUAUGUCGAGGAGGAAGAAUGGUAUUAUUGAACACUGGGUUUACUUCUCUUGUCAGCUGCUUGAGUGGGAGGCAUUUGAUCCCAUUAGCAGCAGGUGGAUGCAUUUGCCGAGAAUGACUUCCAAUGAAUGUUUUAUGUGUUCGGACAAGGAAUCAUUGGCCGUGGGCACUCAGCUUCUUGUAUUUGGAAUGGAGGUCACGUCCCAUGUCAUAUAUAGAUAUAGUCUUUUGACAAAUUCUUGGUCUUCUGGGAUGAGAAUGAAUACUCCCAGAUGCUUGUUUGGGUCUGCUAGUCUUGGUGAGAUCGCGAUAUUGGCGGGUGGUUGUGAUUCUCGUGGAAAUAUUCUUAGCUCCGCAGAGAUGUAUAAUUCUGAAACUCAAACUUGGGUGACACUACAUAGCAUGAAGAAACCAAGGAAGAUGUGCUCGGGAGUUUUUAUGGAUGGGAAGUUCUAUGUGAUUGGGGGAAUUGGGGGAAGCGAUUCAAAGGUCCUUACAUGUGGAGAGGAGUAUGAUUUAGAGAUGGAAACAUGGACUGAGAUUCCUAAUAUGUCCCCUGGUCAGGGUGGUGCUGCCAGGGAUAAUGAGAUGCCCCCUGCAACUGAGGCUCCUCCCUUGGUUGCAGUGGUAAAUAAUGACCUCUAUGCAGCUGAUUAUGCUGACAUGGAGGUCAAAAAGUACGAUAAAGUGAGGAAUUUAUGGUUCACUGUGGGAAGAUUGCCCGAUCGAGCGGCCUCAAUGAAUGGUUGGGGUCUUGCCUUCAGGGCUUGUGGAGAUCGGCUUAUUGUUAUUGGUGGACCUAGGUCAAUGGGUGAAGGUUACAUAGAGCUUAAUGCCUGGAUUCCAAGUGAAGGACCUCCACAAUGGAACUUACUCGCCAGAAAGCGAUCAGGUAACUUUGUUUAUAAUUGUGCUGUGAUGGGAUGCUGAAAAGCUGGAUUUUAAGUGUACCAUAGUGGUGCCUUGCCCCCCCAAUGGUACGUACAAGAUUGCUUUAUCUUUGACUCAAGAAUCAAGCUAAUGAGUAAAUUUUUCUUUCUUUCUUUUUCAUUUCUUUUCCUUUCAGUGGGGUAGGAGGGGGAGGAGUUCCACAUUUUACUCGAGAUUCUACAGAAUUUUCUUUAAAGGUCUCCACUCUUGGAUGACAAAUUUUUCCUUUAAAUUUGUUCUCCCCUUCUAUAGUGACAUGAGAAAUUUCAAAAGUUGCUGUCAUGCAGCACUGGAAUAAUUAAGUAAUUUGAUUACAUUAUCUUUGCCAUUGUUGGGAUAUAAAGUUACAAGUUAUGAGCAUUCUCAUUCAUGAUUUCUCAUUUA